UCUAUGAGGAAGUCGACAAAGGCCGCUCGCAAGAUUCCAGCAAAUGCGAACGAUUUGUGCCGAGCAAUGCACGCACGCAUUGCUCUCGUCUGCCGCCUGUACAACAUCAAAGCGGACAUGGUGAUCAAUGCAGAUCAGACUGGAAUCAGGCUCUUCCCUACUGGCAAGUACACCUACGAAGUGAAGGGUUCGAAAGAUGUGUCGAUUGUCGGCCACGAGGAGAAGCGGCAAAUGACGCUGGUGGUUGCCUCCUCCAUGAGCGGGAACAUGCUUCCAUUCCAGCCUGUUUGGGGAGGCAAAACGGCUGAAUCAUUGCCUUCGACAAAAGCAGCUCGCAGGAACGAAGCAGAUGCCCUCGGAUUCAAGUAUGCGCAUGGCGAUACUCGUCAUUGGAGCUCACGUGAGACGACGAAGGAGUGGGUUCUCGACAUCGUUGACCCUUAUCUCGCCAAAGUGAAAGCGGACAAUCCAGACAUCACUGAGAAUGACCGUGCCCUUCUUCUCAUAGACAUUUGGCCGGUUCAUAUUGCGCAAGGCAGUCCCGAUGACUUCCUCCCUUGGAUGAAGCGCACUCACCCAAAUAUCAUUAUGCUCUUCGUUCCCGGUGGAUGUAAGUGUUUUGUGAUCGCAAAAACUCGUCGCUUACCAUGUUUUACUUGCAGGUACUGGCCUUGCACAACCAGCAGAUGUUGGCCUUCAACGUAUCCUGAAACACCAGAUCAAGCGCAGCGCAACUGA